GACGCCGAAGAAGAGUCGCGGAAGUGGGCACAGAUUAUCUGACGUCAUCGGGCUAGCCAGCUAACAAAGACAACUGACGGUCUUGACCAACGAUUCACCCAGGGUUACAGCUCAGAAAAACGCCCGGACCGAAAGUAUCACCAUGACAGCCGCACCUUAUAACUACUCCUACAUCUUCAAGUACAUCAUCAUCGGUGACAUGGGCGUAGGGAAGUCGUGUUUGCUGCACCAGUUCACGGAGAAAAAAUUCAUGGCAGACUGUCCUCACACCAUCGGGGUGGAAUUCGGGACGAGGAUCAUGGAGGUGCACGGUCAGAAGGUGAAGCUGCAGAUAUGGGACACGGCAGGACAGGAGCGCUUCAGGGCCGUGACCAGGUCGUACUACAGGGGGGCCGCGGGGGCCCUCAUGGUCUACGACAUCACCAGGAGAAGUACAUACAAUCAUCUCAGCAGCUGGUUAACAGAUGCCAGAAACCUGACCAACCCAAACACAGUGAUCAUUCUCAUUGGGAACAAGGCUGAUCUAGAAGCUCAGAGAGACGUGACGUACGAGGAGGCCAAACAGUUUGCUGAAGAGAACGGUUUGCUGUUUCUGGAGGCUAGCGCUAAGACAGGGGAGAACGUGGAGGAGGCCUUCCUGGAGGCGGCCAAGAGGAUCUACCAGAACAUCCAGGACGGCAGCCUGGACCUGAAUGCCGCAGAGUCUGGGGUCCAGCACAAACCGUCGGCGCCACAGGGAGGACGCCUCAACGCCGACAGCCAACCGGCGAAAGAGGGCUGCAGCUGCUAACCUCACGGAGAAACAGAGACAAAUGCAGACAGAGACCCCCGCCCUCACCCCACACCUCCCAUCCACCUCCUCCUCCAGGCACUAACAUCAACCUGCUGUUUCAAGUGCAUUAAAUCAAAUUUAGCUUGUUCUGUUUUUACAACACGGAACACGGAUCGGAAUCGUUUCUCAUCUCAGUCUUGGGAGAAAAAAAACAAAAACAAAAAAGAAAGAAAAUGACAAUUCUUAAAUUCGGACCAAAAAGGAUCAUCGGUCUGGAACAUCUGGAGAGAGCUAGUUCUAACCAGUCCAGGUCAGAAACAACAACGAUGGCUCGUCAAAUCCCAGAAGAGUUCCGUCGCUCUUCAUCAUUCCAAGAUUUGACAACGAUGCCUGGACCCUGUCUUAUCGCGAUCUUAUCGGGAUUUUUUUUUCUUCAAAAAUUGGAUCACUGUUCAAAUUUGUACCCAAAUUCCCUACAAACCGACAUUCAGCCCAACGUCAAAUUUUGAAAACGCCCAACGCUAAACACGGAUAGUCCCGAACUGCAUCCCCUAUGUUUCUGGACUGGAUUUUUCCAUCUGGACUCUCCCAGCUCCGAGAUUCCGAAAGUACUUCGAAUUCAAAUGUUUAUCUGACCUGCCUUCAGUCCGCGUACUCCAGAGGCCCAGUCGUUGCGGUUGAGUGAAUCACGGAUCAGUAGUAGUAUUUGUCGUGUACCUGUGUGACUUGCGAUUGUUUGCAGUUCAGUUGAAAUGAAAUCACUUUUAGAACCGGUGACCGUUCCACGGACUGACUCCGCCUCUGGGACCACUCUACAAAAACAACAACAACGACAACGUCGUUUUUUUUCUGCUUCGUCUCAUCAUCAUCGUCAUCUGGGGAAAAAAAAUUUCGUGUGCUGAAAAACUCUGCCCUGCGAGCUGCUUCCUGGGAAAAAAUCUGCUUCAUUUGUCGAUCGCGAGUUUGGUCUUAACUCUUGUUGAUCAGAUAGGGGGCGUUACAGCUGUACUUGUUUCCUGCUCACCUUCGGAUACAGUUUAAAACAACACCUUCACAUGUCGAUUACUGUUCGUACUUAUGAUAUCUUUUGCCUUUUUCUCGCCUUCACAGCUGUUCUGUCUCAACAUGGAUUUUACUUCAAUCAUUUUUUUUUAACGAAAACGUGGAGCCAAAGUUCUAAACGUACACACGCGGCAACGACAUCAGAUCAACAGACGAAUCACAGGCCGGCAUCGACCUCCGACAUGUUCGGUUCUGGAAGUCCAAAUGUUGAAUUGGAAUCAAACCCGCGGCCCGGUGCGAGUCACAUUGGUUUUUGUACGUCAUCUUAUCGUGUUUGACUCUGUAUGAAUUCAUAUGUUUUGUGUUGGGGUCCAGAUUAUAAAUGUCGGCCGCCGCUCCGGUUUUACCGUAA